AUGUCGCAGAACAGCGAGGAUUACGAAGUCCCCGAGGAGGGAGAAAGAAUUAACCAGAAGACCGGACACAACGACACCAAGGUCGGACGGCACGAAUAUCGCGCUUCCAUGAAGAGCUUGCACCAUGCGAACGUGAAAGAUGGUCGCGGUGAACUGGGCCGGGUCCGGGUCUUUGGUGAUAAGACAGAGAGGGAGCUGUUGAUGCGGGUUGCGUCGCGGACGGUUCGUGAAGGAGACUACCCCGAUCGCAAGAUCAUCCUCCGCGACCUGGAGUGGUUGGAGGAUCCCGCUUCUUUGGAGCGCCAUACGGGACGGUUGCUGGAGAACGGAAAAGUUGAAAGGGCGGCGGAGAUGGUGCGUGAGGCGCAGAGGAGGCAGAUGCGGUGUGUUGUUUCGUGGAAUCGGAUCAUUGAGUUCUGCGCCAAGCUGGGGCAUAUGAAGCCUGCUUUGCGGUUUUUUAAUGACAUGAAGAAACGCGGCGGAAAACCGAAUGCCCAGACCAUCACGAUCAUCCUCUCCGGAAUGAAGAUUUCGCCUCCAGUUCAGGGCAUAAAUUUGAUGCAGAUCGCGGAGGGGUUGGUCAAGUCGCUCUCUGCACCGAACUCGGAGGUUGCGCCGAAUCUUUACCAUAUGAAUGCUUUGCUGUCCGUUUGCCAAUCCCAUGGUACGCUGGAGGAUUUGUGGCGGAUUGCUGGUGACCUUCCUGAGGAGGGACCGCUCUCACCUGAUGCUUCUACUUACUCGACUAUUGUUCUCGCGCUCCGUGAAUUUGCUCAACGUGAUAUUCAGACCAUGACAAACAUCGAGGAAAUUACCGCUCGGAAGAAUCAAAUGGUCAAGGAAGCCAAACGUAUCUGGUCGGAUGUGCUCCAUCGGUGGACCCAUGAUGAGCUGAAAGUCGACAACAGACUUGUGCAAGCCUUUGCCUCGGUGUUUUUGGAGGGUGCUGCGGAUCAUGACUACUAUGAUGUGCUUGCUCUUUACAACCAGACCAUGGGGCUCCCCAUAAAAGCCCCUCAGCCUGCAGAGCGUACCAAGGUCUCGCCUUGGAUGAAGGGUCAAAUGAAGCGAGCCAUUGACGCGCAAAAGGCGGCCGGAGCGGCCAACGAAGAGGACGUCCCUUUUGUUGAUGAGCAAAACCAGGCUCUACAACUGGGCAGAGAUGGACACCCUCGACAGGAAACCCACUACACAGAGAAAGUGGCGGAGGAAGGGGAAGAGGGAGAAGAAGAAGAAGAAGAGGAGAAUUUCGACUCUUUAUUCGACCCCAUCACCAAGUACGAGGGCCUGGAGCUUCUUCGCCCUGACAGCAAAGAUCUCUCUAUGAUACUGCAUGCAUGUCAUUCACUUACCCAAGGAAUGGGAGCCGGAGUUGGCUAUUGGGAAACAUUGACGUCGGGCCCAGAGCCCCUUGUGACUCCAAACAAGUUUGCUAUCAUCCAAUACCUGCGUCUCCUUCGACUUUCUCGAUCGAGCAAGAAGUCUGUCCAGGUCCUCAAGGAUCACAGGGAAAUUCUCAAGGACGAGAGUGGGUCUGCAUUCCGCAUUGCAUUGUCCUGUUGCGUCCGUGACAAGAAGAAUUGGUCGGCAUUCAUGCAUGCCAACGAGAUAAUGCAGUUGUUGGGAGACACCAUGGUGCUUCCAGACCAGCGGGCCAUUGAGGCUUAUAUUGGCUUUAUUAACGAUCUUUCCCAGCAGCCAGGUCUCCUUAUCCACACCAAGGGUCUAGGCGUUACUUUCAAUAAGGAUAAAUUGCAUUCAAACAUGCAGACACUUGGCAAAAAGCUAGUUACUCAUUUACAACUUCGCGCCCUCGACACUCUGCGUCCUCACGUCCGACGUCUUGACGAUGCUUUCACCAACGGAAAGCCCAAGCCUAUAAGUCGUUGGUCUGACCGAGAGGCACCUGAAUGGGUUGCCGGUGACAAGGUUGUGAAGAAUAUGGCCCGUGUUCGCCUUCUGGUUGGCGAUGUUCUAAAGGUCGAAAAUGCGAUCUUUGUUUCCAAGAAGGAGCGUGAGAUGCUUGAGUCAGACUCCGCCCUGCUAGGCCGCUAUUCUGAUAAGGAACUCCGCCAUACUUCGAGACGGAAGAUUUAUCCUACCAAGGAGCAACGAGAGCGGUUCGAGAACAAAGCAAGCACCGUGACGAGUGAGGAUACUCGCGACGUGAAAAAGACCGAGACACAGGAGAAGCUAGAGGAGAGGCCCAAGGAGAGCAAGCAGGCUGAAAUUUCUGACGAGAGCCAGCCAGCCAAACCAGAAGAACCAAACGCCUCGGAGGCAACCUCAAAGUCUGCGGCCAAGUCUGAGGCGUAA